AUGACAAUCAAUCCUACUACUUCUGGUUCUGGGGUUUCCACGCUUGAAAAAAAAAACCUGGGGCGUAUCGCUCAAAUUAUUGGUCCGGUCCUGGACGUAGCUUUUCCUCCAGGCAAGAUGCCCAAUAUUUACAAUGCUCUAGUAGUUAAGGGUCGAGAUACUAGUGGUCAACCAAUUAAUGUGACUUGUGAGGUACAACAGUUAUUAGGAAAUAAUCGAGUUAGGGCUGUAGCUAUGAGUGCUACAGAUGGUCUAACACGAGGAAUGGAAGUUAUUGACACAGGAGCUCCUUUAAGCGUUCCAGUCGGCGGCACGACUCUCGGACGAAUUUUUAACGUGCUUGGGGAACCUGUUGAUAAUUUAGGUCCCGUAGACACCAGCACAACAUCUCCUAUUCAUAGAUCUGCGCCCGCCUUUACACAGUUAGAUACAAAAUUGUCUAUUUUUGAAACCGGAAUUAAAGUGGUAGAUCUUUUAGCUCCUUAUCGCCGUGGAGGAAAAAUAGGACUGUUUGGGGGAGCAGGAGUGGGUAAAACAGUACUCAUUAUGGAAUUGAUCAACAACAUUGCAAAAGCUCAUGGGGGCGUAUCCGUAUUUGGCGGAGUAGGUGAACGUACUCGUGAAGGAAAUGAUCUUUACAUGGAAAUGAAAGAAUCCGGAGUUAUCAAUGAACAAAAUAUUGCAGAGUCAAAAGUGGCUUUAGUCUAUGGUCAAAUGAAUGAACCGCCGGGGGCACGUAUGAGAGUUGGGUUAACUGCCCUAACUAUGGCGGAAUAUUUCCGAGAUGUUAAUGAGCAAGACGUACUUUUAUUUAUCGACAAUAUCUUCCGUUUCGUCCAAGCAGGAUCUGAAGUAUCUGCCUUAUUGGGUAGAAUGCCUUCCGCUGUGGGCUAUCAACCUACUCUUAGUACCGAAAUGGGCUCGUUACAGGAAAGAAUUACUUCUACAAAAGAAGGGUCCAUAACUUCGAUUCAAGCAGUUUAUGUACCUGCAGACGAUUUGACCGACCCCGCUCCUGCCACGACAUUUGCACAUUUAGAUGCUACUACCGUACUAUCAAGAGGAUUGGCGGCCAAAGGGAUCUAUCCAGCGGUGGAUCCGUUAGAUUCAACGUCAACUAUGCUCCAACCUAGGAUCGUUGGCGAGGAACAUUAUGAAACUGCGCAAAGAGUUAAGCAAACCUUACAACGUUACAAAGAACUUCAAGAUAUUAUCGCUAUCCUUGGAUUGGACGAAUUAUCUGAAGAAGAUCGUUUAACUGUAGCAAGAGCACGAAAAAUUGAGCGUUUCUUAUCACAACCCUUUUUCGUAGCAGAAGUAUUUACAGGCUCUCCAGGAAAAUAUGUUGGCCUAGCAGAAACAAUUAGAGGAUUUCAAUUAAUUCUUUCCGGAGAAUUAGAUGGUCUUCCCGAACAAGCCUUUUAUUUGGUAGGUAACAUCGAUGAAGCUACCACGAAAGCUAUAAACUUAGAAAUGGAGAGCAAAUUAAAGAAAUGA